AUGGCCACUACCGAAGACGGAGGUGAACCUGGGUACAUAGAUUCACUCGACGCCAAAAUCAUUCAGUAUCAAUACAACAUUACUAAGAUACAAAGCUUGAUUCCAGCAAUACAGAAGCUAGCAGCAAAUUCAUCGGAAUCGAAAGAGUUGCCAUUGGUACAAUACGCGGUUUUGUUAUGUGGAAGCAUAUUUGCCAUAAAUGAGGGAGUAUUUAGCACGAAGUUGGAAAUAAUAGGGGAAUUCAAGCUUUUCAAGCCUGUGCCUAUUAGUAUUUCCAAUACUGUAACGCAUAUACCGUAUGACAACCCUGAUAUUACUGUCAAACCGUUAUCUGAGUUACCCAGUCCAGAGUCGGGGGUAAAAUGUUUGAAGUCAUUAGAGGAAUUGUGCUACAGUUGCUUACAAGGAUACCAGAAAAGAUUGCAGCAGGCUAAGAUCACGAAGGAAAAACUGAAGCUAUUAUCGUCUGAUUAUUUCGGUGACUUGGAAAAGAUAUUGAAGGACCAAAUAUUUGAUAAUGGCGACAACGAUUUGACUUUAGAACAUGGAUUAGUGCAUAAAUUGCCAGAGGAUACAUCGUUGUUGGAUGAUGAAAAUUACGUGGAAGCUUCUUUGACAGAUAUGGACAUCGAAAUGAUUUUCACCGUUACAGGGCAAUUGCGGUCGACACUAAACCAUUUAAAACCGAACCUUAUUCCUUACCAGAAGUUGAAAACAAUUCCAAAGACACAACAGGAGGACUAUGUCAAGUCGAUGUCGGACGGAAAAUAUGGAUUGCAUAAAUUAUUAAUGUUGACUUUGAGAUUGAAUGAGAUAUAUUCCAUUUUAAGAAAGGUUGGACGAAAAAUCUAUUUUUCAAAUUAUCAGCACCUUUAUGACUAUAAAUUAGCUUUUCAGUCUAGUAAUUCGAAUUAUUUCAAGUUGAAUUUGUUGAAGGAAGUGGAUGGAUUGUUCAAUGCGACCAAAAAAAAUGGAACAUUAGUUGCGAACUUAACGAGGUUUGUUAGGCAGAAUUCAAGAUACGAAUUAAGUUGCAAGACUUUAUUAGAUUUUUCUAAUUUUGUCAAUCAGGCUUAUAACAUGAUUGAGAAUAUGAUUUUCAAAUUUGAAGAAUUUGGAUUUAACUGGAUUUCGUCGGAACUAAGAUUUAGGAAAGUUUAUGGAUUACCAAAGAAGGCGUUGAUAGAUGUUUUCCAAAAGAUAAAGGACUCAAAAAAUAAACUCCGAGAAGGAACCGAUGCUUCAGAUGUACCUAGGAAAGCAGCAACAGCAGAUUCGAAACCCACAAAAAGCGUCGACAAUAGUAGAACAGGGAAUCCUCAAAAGAAAGAAUCAGAAAACAAAGAAUCAGAAAACAAAGAAUCGGAAAACAAUUUAGAGAAAUUCCCCGAGAUAGACGAAACAAACCCAAAAUCAAUUGAACAAGAUUUUAAAAAAUUAGAACUAAAUGAUUCACUGCCUAAUAAGGGGUCGCGUUCUUCGUCUAUAUCAAGUCAAUCCAGUAAUAGUAGCUCCAACAAGUUUUCAGUCAAUCCAACUAAGCGAAAACUAUCGUCAUCCCAAAAUUACAGAAAUUCCACGUUGCCUCUGCCUAUGUCCAAGGCUUCAAAUCUGCUUAAUCAAAGGCCAAGUUCAAUGUUAUUUAUGAAUUCAAAUUCGUCAUUAUCCAGUUUCCCAUCUGCUACACGAAACGAAAUAAAUGCAGCUACGACAACUACUCCAUCUGGUCGUCGGAGAUCAACGUCUCUGCCAAUUAGUCCUAAAGUGACUGUUUUGCAAGAUAAUACUCAUAAAGCUACAUCAGGCGCCGCUGCAGCGUUAGCAAGAAGUAAUAGCUUAAAAACACCUAAUUCUCCCUUACGUUCACCAUCUGGGUCUAUUAGUUCGCCGAAUGUGAGAUCUCCAUCAGGUUCAAUUAAAAGACUGGGAUCUCAAACGAGACUGGGGAAUGGAGCUCAACAGCAGCCUAUUUCGUCUCCAUCACCCAAAAGUAAACAUAAUCCACUCAUUGUGGUUGAAGAGGAAGAUAAUAGUGAUACCACUUCUGCCAAGCCACUAACCGCAAACCAAAGGUUACAAUUACAUUUGAGACAAGCAACAAAAUCUGGUACAUUAAUGACGCAACAAAAGGAAGCUUUAACAUCAGUUGUAUUCGAUCCGAGCGAACCAUCUACGUUUAAUUUGCGUAAAUCUGUUGAGUCUCCCCCAACUAAGGAAUCUUCUGAUUCUCCUACGCAGCAGCAAGCGCCGGUAUUAUCACAGGGCCCGGCUCCAAACCAACCGCAAACUCGUGAUCAAGUAACAAGAAGAAAUACAAGGAGAAACAGCGUUACGCCGCAUUUGGGCAACCCAGCGUCCCCAAACAAUUCUUCAGUGACAACAAUUAAUGCUCAAAAUACGUCUGAAUCGUCUGUAUCGUCAGCAUCUUUUGAAGAUAAUAGUGCAGGUGCACAAAUUAAAAAGGUCAGGUUUACGGGUGUUCCUGAGUAUUCAGAACUAGAAGAUGCACCAACAACCUAUGCCAAUAGAUUGUUAAAAAAUUUUGCAGUAUUCAAGGCUCCACCAAAUAAGCCUGGGUUUAAGAGAAAGGAUCAGUUGUUAAAAACAGAAGAAAGUUUGUCUUUAAGAUCUCAUCUCCGAGAUUCAUCGGCCGGCGCCUUUAGUCCGCCGCCUCAGACUGGAUUGUCCAAGUUAAGGAAUAAAUUACUUUGA